GUUGGCAGCCUCGGUGGUUUGUUUUAGACAAUGGGAUAUUGUCAUACUAUGAUUCACAGGAUGAUGUUUGCAAAGGCAGCAAAGGAAGUAUAAAGAUGGCUGUGUGUGAAAUAAAAGUUCAUGCAACAGACAACACAAGAAUGGAGCUAAUCAUUCCAGGGGAACAGCAUUUCUAUAUGAAAGCAGUUAAUGCAGCUGAAAGGCAAAGGUGGCUGGUAGCACUGGGGAGUGCAAAAGCCUGUUUAGCAGAUACCAGAACAAAAAAAGAAAAAGAAAUAAGUGAGACCAAUGAAUCUCUUAAAACCAAAAUGUCCGAACUUCGUCUCUACUGUGAUCUUUUAAUGCAGCAAGUUCAUACAAUACAAGAAUUUGUUGACCAUGAUGAGACUCGUUCUCCUCCCAGCAUUGAGAACAUGAAUGAAGCCUCUUCCUUGCUUAGUGCCACAUGUAAUACAUUUAUCACAACACUUGAAGAAUGUGUGAAGAUUGCUAAUGCCAAGUUUAAGCCAGAAAUGUUCCAGCUGCCUCACCCUGAUCCCUUAGUUUCUCCUGUGUCACCAUCACCUGUCCAAAUGAUGAAACGUUCCAUUAGCCACCCUGGUCCUUGCAGUUCAGAAAGGAAUAAUCACUCUGUAAAAGAACCAAUUUCUUCCCUUCACCGAUUUUCACAGCGGCGGCGAAGAACGUACUCAGAUACAGAAUCUUACAGUGAUGCUCCCUUUGAAGAUUCUCAGAGAUCUGCUCACUGUUCUAGAAGUGCUGUCAAUGGAGAUCUGGUAUCACCAACCAUUCCUGAAGAAAAUAGAUCAGUACCAAGGGAAAGAUCUGAACUGGAAGAGACUCUUUCAUCCUUUUCUUCUUGAAGAAACUGAAAGUAUUCAAUUUUCUAUAAAUAACGCUAUGCAAAGGCUGCUGUAAUUAUACUGUUGUUAUAGGAAGUAAUCAUUUCCCUUUUUAGAAGGAUUUCUCUGCACUUUAUAGAAAAACAUAAAAACUAUCUUUGAAGUGUAUUUUAUCUUUAUAUAGUUUAUUUGCAAGAGUAUUUUCCUAAUAUUUCACAGUUUGAAUGUGCAUUUUUUUGGAACAAAUGAUGGCUUAACAGAUAAGCAUCCACAUUUGUAAAUGUAGCUCUUUUUUAAAAAGUGCGAAGGUCUGACUGACACAUUAGUAAACCUGCAGGUUAUAAACUUUAGCAAAAAGGUUUCUGUUUCGUGGGUUUUUUUUUUUCUUUUUGAGAAAAUGCAACUUGUGCCAUGGGCCUCUUGGUCAUUUGUACCAGGUCAUCCACCAGGAGCUGUGAUUAGCCCUGCAAUGGCUUUUUUGCCUGGGUAAGGGCUGUGGGAAUGGGCACUAUUGGGUCUACUCUAGCAGCCUGAUGGUAAUUGACAUUGCCUUCUUUAAAAACACGAGGAUAUACAUAAUCCGGUCCUUAUUUUUAGCCAAUGAAAGUAGAAAUAUUGAGUGUAUUUUUCUAAACAAAUGUAUAAAAGUAACUUAAUAUGAAGCAUUUGUACCAAACAUUGGAUAUUUAAUAAUUUUUAUUUAUUUAUUCUUUUUUGCAUCAAAAAUUUCUACCUACUUUCACGUCUAAAGAUCUACUAAAGGCUUCAAAAUGUG